CGUCAUCACGUCGGUCCACAGUCUUGAGCUGAAGACGUGACGUUGACGGCGGAUCCUCAUCACAGACGAGACGAUGGCGGAGCAGAACACGGAGGCGAAGCUGAAGAACCUGCUGAAGCAGGAGAAGAUCCAGCUCUGGAAUCCUCCUUACACCAUCGAUGACGAGCAGCUCGGCCCGCAGCACAUGCAGGAGCUUGCGGAGCGUUUCGCCCCCCUGCUGUGUCUGCAGGUGUCGGAGGUUGGGGGGGCUCUAGAGUCCAUCAGAGUUCAGACAGUGAAGCGGAGCAAAGAAAACAAGACGUACAGGGAGACCAACGUGGCGACGCUUGAGCUGCUGCUGCCCAGAGAGAGCAGGAAGUCAAAGAAGAACUACCUGGAGGCAAGGCUGGAUGUGUGUGUCCAGGAGGUGGUGGACAGAAUCUGUGAAGAGUUCGGCCUCAGAUGCAUCAAACUGAUCCUGAACGGUCAAACUCUGAGUCCACACAAGCGUCUGGACGAGCAGGGGGUGAAGAACCACAGUAAAGUGAUGGUGCUGAAGGUGAGCGACGCCGAGCUGAAGCAACUGAUGAGUGAAGAGGAGCAGAGGAAGAAGCAACAGAGCGAGAGUCUCCAGAGGACACAGAAAGGUUUCCAGAUCCUGUCCGAGAGAGAUGGCAGUGAGGACAUCGGUAACGUGCCGUUCCUGGAGAUCGCCGACCAGAAGGGAAACCCUCUGAAGAUCCCUCACAAGGAGAGGAGGGCUCUGAUCCUGGCCAUGGGUUUCCAUGAGAAAGGUCGAUCUCUGAUGAAGCGGAAACAGUACGAUGACGCUCUCUGUCACCUGCUGCAGGCCGACCAGCAGUUCAGUGUGUGCGGCUCGGCUCUCCUCAGCUCGGUGGAUAACUUUGCCGUCCUGCAGCUGGACAUCGUGUGGUGUUAUCGAGCUCUGGAGGCUCUGUCAUGUCUGGACGACGGUAAGAGUCGUCUGCAGCGAGCCGAGGACUGUUUCCUGCAGUGUUAUGGAGAGCGGCGAGAACGACUGCUCAUGAUCAAGGGUAACACAGGCAGAGAGGAGGUGUUGUUUCUCCGGUUGUACCUCCUCCAGAGUCUCCUCUCCUACAUCGAAGGAAACGACGUUCAGGCGCGACACCAACUGACCAAAGUGGAGUCUCUGUUCAGUCAUUUGUGUCUGGACUCGGAGAAAAUGGCUCAGCUGAUGGCGCUGGGCUUCUCCGAGAAAGAAGCUCGCCUGGGACUCAGAGCCUGUCAGGGCGACCUGCAAGAGGCCGCCAUCCACAUCAGCAACCGCAGACAGGAGCGAGAGGAGCUGAAGCAGAGGGAGAGGCAGAAGAGGAGUAGGAGGAUGGAGGACAUCUCCGUCCUCGCUGAGCUGGGACACUCCAGGAGAGACGCUGCCCGAGCGCUGCACCGUGCUGACGGAGACGUGAACAAGGCUUGUGAGAUCCUCCAGGAUGCCAGUCAGGCUGCUCAGGCGACCAAUAACAACAGAGAGGGGGCGGUGAGUCCGGAGAAGGUGGAGCAGUUGUUGUAUUUGGGUUUCGAGAAGGACGCGUCUGAAGCAGCGCUCACUCUGAUGGGUGGAGACGUCCAAUCAGCUGCUCAGUUGCUGCUAGACAACCAGGGUGUCCUCUCCCCACCCUCCACCUCCUCCUCCCCCUCCACAGAGGAGCCCAGCACCUCCUCCAACACCACAGGUAAAACACACCUGUCCUGCUGGAG